AUGGUGAGUGGAAAAGGCAUCGAGCCAAAUCCUGAGAAGGUGGAAGCCAUCCUGAAGAUGCCCGAACUGACCUGCGUGAGGGAUGUCCAAAGACUUACCGGGAGAGUGGUGGCGCUCAACCGCUUCAUGUCGAGGUCGACUGAAAGAUGCCUGUCGUUCUUUAAGAAGCUGAGAAAAGUUCCAAACUUUGAAUGGACCGAGGACUGUCGAGAAGCUUUCAAAGAGCUCAAAAGCUAUCUUAGCUCGCCACAUGUGCUCAGUAGUCCGUUGGAAGGAGAAGAGCUCCUGAUUUACUUGUCAGCCUCAGAACAAGCUAUCAGUGCUGUGUUGGUAAGAGUAGAAGGAGGAGAACAGAAGCCAGUGUUUUACGUCAGCAAGGUGCUUAAAGAUGCCGAGAUCAGAUAUCUGAACAUCGAGAAAAUAGCCUAUGCUCUGUUGCUGGCUACAGAACCGGGUGAGUCAUCUUCGGAAGCGUUGGAGAACAAGAGAGAAGGACAGUCCUCUCAAGAAUUUAGUUGGAAGCUGUAUGUAGACGGGGCAUCCGGCGCUGGGGGCAGUGGCGCAGGAGUAAUGUUGAAGGGACCAGAAGGAUUCAAAGUUUGCUAUGCUCUGCGCCUAGAGUUCAGAGCCUCCAACAAUGCAGCAGAAUACGAGGCCCUGAUAAACGGAAUGUUGGUAGCAAUGGAGAUAACAGGGGCAUAUCAGGCCAGAGACCCUACUAUGCAGAAUUACCUGGCAAAGGUAAAGGCCAUAGAAGCCGAGCUUAAGAGUAGGGGAAUCGCGGUCAGAUACCAGAGAAUACCUCAGGAAGAGAAUGAAGAGGCGGACUUGCUCAGUCGGCUGUCCAAGGAAGAGCUGAAACAACUCCCUGACGAGGUAUACAUACAACACAUUAGCAUACCUGCUUUUGACAAGACGACCACUGUGAUGCAGGUUGAGCAAGGACAAAGCUGGAUGACCCCAUACUUGGAGUACCUUGAGAAGGGAAAGCUCCCUGAAGACAAGGAUGAAGCAAAGAAAAUAGCUGCUCGAGCCGCCAAUUACCAAGCAGUAAGGGGGACCCUAUACAGAAGAGGAAAAUCCACUCCAUGGCUCCGAUGUGUAGGCCUAGAUAAAGCAGUCAAGGUGUUGGAAGAAAUACACUGGGGAAUGUGUGGAGCUCAUCAAGGAGCAGGAACGUUGGGGAACAAAAUUUUUAGACAAGGCUAUUACUGGCCCACUGUCAAGAAAAAGGCUGAGGAGUUCGUCCGAAGGUGUGACAUAUGCCAACGGUUCGCUAACGCCAUCAACGUACCAGCCACCCUUCAGUCUAGCAUAUCUAGCCCAUGGCUGUUCUCACAGUGGGGCAUAGAUAUCUUGGGACCUUUUCCUAAAACCACGAGGCAGAAGAAGUUUGUAGUGGUAGUCGUGGAGUACUUCUCAAAAUGGCCAGAGGCAGAGGCAAUCCCCAUAAUUACAGCCAGAAAGAUGAUAGACUUUGUCUGGGGCAACAUCAUCUGCAGGUUUGGAAUACCAAGGAUACUCAUUUCAGACAACGGCAGGCAGUUCGACUGCAGAACCUUUAAAGAGUUCACAACGAACAUGGGUAUAUGGCACAAGUUCUCUUCAGUUGCUCACCCCCAAACCAACGGCCAAACAGAGGUCACUAAUCGGGCAAUUCUCCAAGGACUGAAGAAGCGGAUGGAUGGUGCAAAGGAAAAUUGGGCAGAUGAACUCAACAGCAUCCUGUGGGCACUCCGAACUACCCCCAGGACGUCCACUAAAGAGACGCCUUUUGCACUUGCGUUUGGCACCAAAGCUGUGGUUCCAAUUGAGUUGCAGGUCCCUACACAUCGAGUCCAAUUCAAUAGCGAGAGCACCAACGAUGAUAAGUUAAGAAGUAACCUGGAUACUCUGGAGGAAGUCAGAGAAGAAGCUCAAGUCCACACUACCGCUUAUCAACAAAGAGCUGCUCGUUAUUACAACUAA